AUGAAACGUUAUGUAAGGGCUCUGACGAAUUCCGCAGCGACGUCCUCCCAACUGCGCCUCUUCUUGGAUCCCAGUCACUUCUGUGUCUCGUGCCAUCCGGGUCGACGUCACUCCUUAUCAUCUUCAGGAAAUAUCAAUCAGUUGUAUCGAUUCAUAGGUGGAAUGCCACCACCCCGGUCGCCUGCUGACCUGGAGCUGUUACGUCAAUGGGCUGCCCCCGCUGAUUCAGUCCUUAUCUCGAGCCAGUCUUGCCUCGAUAUCUGCCGCGCUCUUGUGAUCAGUGCUCCCGCUCCGCCUCCAUGUUACAGGUCGUUGCGGUCACCGGCAAGGCAGGCUCCGUCAUAA